GCGGAGGCAGCGAGGGCGCGCGGACGGCGCCGGCCACAGCAUGGGCCAACUGCGGGCCUGGGCGCUGCUCUGCCUCGGGCUCCUGCUCCUCGGAGGCGGCGCCGCGUGGAGCGUCGGGGGCGCCUCGUUCUCAGGACGCAGAAACUGGUGCUCCUAUGUGGUGACCCGUACUGUCUCGUGCCACGUGCAAAAUGGCACCUACCUUCAGCGAGUGCUACAGAACUGCCCCUGGCCCAUGAGCUGCCCAGGGAGUAGCUACAGAACUGUGGUGCGGCCUACAUACAAAGUGAUGUACAAGACAGUGACUGCCCGGGAAUGGAGGUGCUGCCCUGGGCAUUCGGGGGCGACCUGCGAGGAAGGUUCCUCUGGCCUUGCAGAACCCGUGUGGCUGGGCAACACCAUGCGGCGGAUGGCCCUUAGGCCUAAGUCCUUCUCAGGUUGUCUCAACUGUAGCAAAGUAUCUGAGCUGACGGAGCGCCUGAAGGCCCUGGAGGCAAAGGUGGCUGUGCUGUCGGUCACAGAGCAGACAGUGACCCCAAGUCCAGUUACCCCUGAGAACCCUGCUCCGCUCUGGGGCUCCCCAGCUGCUCGGGGAAGCCCAGGAGAUGAAAGCCUCUGGGGGCUGCCAGGAGCCAGAGAGAGCUUGAGAGCUCCCCUGCUCCCUCGAGAUGACCAAGCUGGAACUCAGGGGCUGCCCGGGCCCAUUGGCCCCAAGGGAGACACUGGCAGCCAGGGCCCCAUGGGAAUGAGGGGGCCACCAGGUCCACAGGGCCCCCCCGGAAGGCCUGGCCAGGCGGGAGCUGCUGGAACCCCUGGAGAGAUAGGUCCUCCUGGCCCCCCAGGACCCCCUGGCCCGCCAGGACCCCCAGUUCCUAUUGGACCACCCCAUGCCCGGAUCUCCCAGCAUGGGGACCCAUUACUGUCUAACACCUUCAUAGAAACCAGCAGCCACUGGCCCCAGGGAUCAACUGGGCCUCCAGGCCCCCCAGGUCCCCCAGGGCCUAUGGGCCCCCCUGGACCUCCUGGACCCACAGGGGUCCCUGGGACUCCUGGACAUGUGGGACCUCCAGGCCCUACUGGACCCCAAGGAGUCCCAGGGCACCCAGGAGAAAAGGGUGAGAAAGGACCACGUGGGGAGCCUGGCCCCCAAGGCUUUAUGGGGCAGCAGGGAAACCCUGGCCCCAAGGGAGAGCCUGGUGAGAAGAGCCACUGGGGGGAGGGGUUGCACCAACUACGCGAGGCUUUGAAGAUUUUAGCUGAGAGGGUUUUAAUCUUGGAAACAAUGAUUGGGCUCUAUGAACCAGAGCUAGGGUCCGGGGAUGGUCCUGGUGAUGCCAGCACCCCUAACUUCCUUCGGGGCAAGAGGGGAAGACAUGCAGCCAACUACCGCAUACUGGCCCCCAGAAGCCGGAAUGAAAGGGGCUGAGGACAGCUGUGGCCCUGAGCGGUGGGCCAUGCCAGGCGCCCCUCCCUCCCUCACCUGGACUUGGUCAGCUGCCUCCAGGGACAGCUGGUUCCUAUUUAUUAAUGUCCUCAGGGUCCCUCCUGCCUUCUCGGCCCUUGUCCUCCGCAGGUCUCAGUUCUGGCACCUGAACAUACCUGAGGCUGAGCAGGGUCUGGGGCCUGAGAGGGAGGGUGAGUGAGGCCUCACUCAGGAACCUGGGCCUCAGUUGUUUCCCUCUGUGAAUUGGAGUGGAGGUACAAGGCUUCUCAUCUCAUCAGCCGCUGCUCUGGCCCUUGGCAGGUGCAGACUAUUGUGGGGGUAGCCUGUCCCCUAGCUCUGCCAAACCUUGGGAUGGGGCUGGGGGAGGCCCCACAUCUCUCCUCUCUUCUGGUGCUGUGUUCCCACUGAGGCCAGGGUGCUAAUCCAUGACUACCUACCCAGGGGAGCUUCUUGCCUCAGUUCUUCCCCCAGCCCCUUCUGUGUCCUGAGUGGGGGUGGGACCUGGAGAGGAAAGGGAUGCCUGGGACAUGUGCCAUGAGGCAGAUAUGUACUGGACAAUAAAGGUCACUGCAGGA